AUGAGCUCCGGGCUCAGGUGGUGGGUUCCGCCGGGUCCCCGUACGAGGGCGGAGUGUUCAGCCUGGAGAUCGCCGUGCCGGAGCGCUACCCGUUCGAGCCGCCCCGGGUGCACUUCGUCACCCCCAUCUACCACCCGAACAUCGACUCGGCCGGACGCAUCUGCCUGGACAUCCUAA